CUGCAGCGGGUUGACGACGACUGUCUAUUUCUUAAUUGGUAGGAAUGUUUGUGGCGGAGCACACGACGAGAAAAAAUGUGUGAAAGGGAUUAUCGAAAUUGAUUUAUUACACAGGCAAAGCAGCAUCCACAUCCACAUCUGCCCUAUUCCAAUCACAAUUCAAGAGUGUAUGAUGUUCAUGAACAAGGAGCGAUGCUGACUUAUUUGUGAGUUUGUGAUCGUGGUUGAACAACGUACAUCAUCUACAUGUGUUUAACUACAGAAAAGUUGGACGGUAUUCCAAAUCUUAGUCAGAAUUAUCCUAAAGUGGGAAUUAUACCCACAGUUUCUUCAUUUCCAGUAGACUACAUGUACAGUAUAUGCUGCCCGAAUUUUCAACUCUUGUAGAAGAAUGUAUUUAACAAACAUAUUUAUUGCUUUUACAGUGCUUCUUGUUGUCAUACCAGGCAUUCAGAAUCAAACAGCUCCGACAUCAGGGACGACAAGUCAGCCAACAUCAACAGACUCUGAAACACCUGAUGUAACUACACUUGCAUCAAAAACUAGUGAUGUUCUGACAGAUUCAGCAACAGAUGUCACAACAGAUGUAAAAACCACAUCAGAUCCUGUCACAACAGAUGUAGAUACCACAUCAGAACCUGUCACAACAGAUGUAGAUACCACAUCAGAAUCUGUCACAACAGAUGUAGAUACCACAUCAGAACCUGUCACAACAGAUGUAGAUACCACAUCAGAACCUGUCACAACAGAUGCAGACACCACAUCAGAACCUGUCACAACAGAUGUAGAUACCACAUUAGAACCUGUCACAACAGAUGUAGAAACUACAUCAGAAUCUGUCACAACAGAUGUAGAUACCACAUCAGAACCUGUCACUGCAGAUACCACUGUGACAUCAGAACCUGUCACAACAGAUGUAGAUACCACAUCAGAACCUGUCACAACAGAUAUAGAUACCACAUUAGAACCUGUCAUAACAUAUGCAGAUACCACAUCGGAACCUGUCACAACAGAUGUAAAUACCACAUCAGAACCUGUCACAACAGAUGUAGAAACCACAUCAGAACCUGUCGCAACAGAUGUAGAAACCACAUCAGAACCUGUCACAACAGAUGUAGAUACCACAUCAGAAUCUGUCACAACAGAUGUAGAUACCACAUCAGAAUCUGUCACAACAGAUGUAGAAACCACUUCAUCAUCUGUUACGACAGAUGUAAAAACCACUUCAUCAUCUGUCACAACUGAUGUAGAAACCACUUCAUCAUCUGUCACAACUGAUGUAGAAACCACUUCAUCAUCUGUCACAACAGAUGUAGAAACCACUUCAUCAUCUGUCACAACAGAUGUAGACACCACAUCAGACGCUGUCACAACAGAUGUUGAAACCACAUCAGAAUCUGUCACAACAGAUGUAGAAACCACAUCAGAACCUGUCACAACAGCCUUGGAUGGCACAACACAAGAAAUCUCUACAACUAUUUUAACUACAACUAUUAUCACAACAGUAGAUGGCAGCACAACAGCUGACAAUGCCACAACUAUGGAUGAUGGCACAACUAUGAAGGAUGGCACAACUAUGGAUAGUGGCACAACUAUGGAUAGUGGCACAACUAUGAAUGGUGGCACUACUUCCACUGAUGUCACAACAGCUUACAACACAACAGACAUAUCAACUAGUCAGCAUACCAGUGCAGUAUCAACUAGUAGUAGCACCACAAUUAGUGUCACAGAAGGUACUUCUGGUGGGAGCAGUCUAAGCACUGGAGAGAUUGUUGGUAUAACUCUUGGCUGUAUCUUAGCUGUUGUUAUCAUAGUUAUAAUUAUCUUACUGAUCUGCUAUAGAAGAUCACGUUCAGCAUCAACGUAUAAUUUCACACAUGCUGAUCCAUGGGAUGACACGCUUACUUUAAAGUAUAUCAAUGGGAGAGUUGAAUUACCCAGGGAACUAAAUGAAGAAAUGAAAUCAUAUGAUAAUGACACUUAUCAAGCCAUGGAAGAACCUGUGUUUACUAAUUAUGGUAUCAAUGCUUCCAAUACACCACUUUGAUUUUUAUAUUCUCAGAUACUAACAAAGAGGCUCCAUAUUCCAUUGUCCCAGUCGUACUUUCCCUGAACAUUAUUAAGAUUCUAGUCACUAACUGAGCUAUUCCACCUGCCACACC